GUUGAUUGCAUAACAGAUCAUCUAUCCUUGUUCUUAGAAUGACAUUUAAACUAACCUAACUUUUGCAUAAGCACAAAACACAGCAAAAAUGUUAAUAAAAGACGCUCCGGUGAUUUGGGAUAGUCUCAGAUCGAUUAUAUGUGUUUACAAGCCUCCUGAUGUGUCUUGUGGACGUGUACGGCAAACAAUCAUUGACGCUAUUUGUCGAGGUUUAAAUGAAAUGGAAUGUCGCCCUCCUGUCGAUUUUGUCAGUAUUGAAGGAAAUCCAUCUCAGAAAUUGACCGUAACUGUGAAACCAAAUCUCGCCGAUGACCCCCUCGUCGUGGGGCCCCGUUACAUCCCCGACGACUUAAAAUGCAGCUGGUCGAAUUUUUUAGGUUUCAAUACGAGCGGAGUUCUUUUGUUAGGAUUAAAGAAAGGUACUAGAGUGGCAAAACUGAUAAGAGAGAAUAGACCUACGAGAUGUUACCGAUUGGCGGGACGGUUGGGUGAGGUGACAGAAAACGGUUUCAAAGACGGAAAAGUCGUGGAAAAGACAACCUGGAAACAUGUUAAAUUAGAAAACAUGAAUCGGUUUCUGGCAACACUUCAAGCUUCACAUCAGAAAGAAAUGUUUAAGUCAUGUGGUAUUGAGCUUCAAUCAGAAGAGGCCUACAAACUGGCUUGCCAAGGACCAAUCAGGCCUGCAAAUUCCAAACUUCCUAUCAUUUAUGGAAUCAAGUGUGUCGGAUUUGAACCCCCGGAUUUCGUCAUUGAAAUACAAUGCAUUAACGAGUAUGAAACUUACCUGAAAAGUUUAAUUCAAGAAAUUGGAAUUAAAUUACACUCAUCAGCGCAUUGCACCGGCAUUCAGUGCAUCAGACAUAGUUAUUUUACCCUAGAAAACGCACUUUUGCGCAAACACUGGACUUUGCAACACAUUAUCACAAACAUGGAACAAUGCAUCCAAAUUAUGGACACACACGAAAACAUUAUCGAACAGAAAUCAGCAGUUUUACAAUAAUUUAACGAAAAUUUAGCCUCUGUUAAUAAAUAUUAUUUGACGUAAAUUUGUUCGUGUUUCCUCUGCCAAAUGGCGUCAAAUUUUCAAAAUUUGGUGAAUUUUACUCAGUAGUAAAUUUUGAAUUCGCAGUUGGUAACGAAAUUUUUUAUUGAAAGAGAUAAAAUUACAAAAAGAUACUUAAGGGAUGCGUUCAAAACGGCUUUACACCCGGUGACUCUCCACUAAACGAUAGUUCCAUACUUCAUUAGAAAUAAUUUAUUUUUUAUUUGACAUUUUCUUGUCAUGUUGACAUUUCGGUUACUAAACGUAGGAACUACCAACUUGACAAUAAUAAUCACGACAAUUUGAACGUUUUUUUUAUUAAAAAUGUAAAUCUCAUAAUUUAAACAUUAGAAGCACUUUCGAUGCACGAUGACAGGUCCGCACUCAUCAUAUUCAUCUUUCGAGAUCCACAUUUGUUGAAACGUCGUUAAACUCGCAAGGAUGCUUCCCCCAAUCCAAACCGAGUAUUUCCUCUCUGGGGGUGCAAUAAUUUUAAUUUUCAUUGAAGCCGGUGCGAGUGCAGCAAUUUCCUUCUGAAUUCUAUCGGCCAUCCCUAGAAAC